UCUCUCUCUCCGGUCUCCUCUGUCCCUCACUGCUCGCCUCAGAGACUGAGAGUGACCUCUCCACCGAUCUCAAUGGCCAGCAGACAGAUCAUCGCCGACAGCAAUGCUCCACUCCGGCGACUAAUCCUCAGCCGUAUCACGAAGCAGUCCCACGCCAACGGGCAAGAUCGCCUCCUCCCUCUUCUCUUCAAUCCCAAUCAGACGGAUCGUCUCCUUCGCCCAAUCUGGGAAAUGAAUCAAUGCCCACGCACCGAUGUCGCCGCGGUUGUCCAAGACCGGUUCGGCCAUUGGCUUCGGCAGCCAAAGCAGACACGUGUGAGUGCACGUGGGCGGCAGAUCCCUAAGGAGGAUGAUGAGACGGAGGAUUCCGAUGAAGACAACGAUGAAGUUGACGAGAAUCCACGACCCUGAGCUAGGAAGAUCAGAUUCUGAAGAAGUAGAGAUCGAGACGAGAGUGCUGGUGAAGAGGUUAUUCCAAACAAGGUUUCGUCUGGCAUUGGAACAACUCCCACCGCCCACAAAGAACAGAAGCCGCCGCAGCAGCAGCAGCAGCAGCCAAGGCACGUCCAUAGAUGGCGGCUGCCCCAUAUGCUUGGAGGAUUUCGAGGAGGGUGAGGCGUGUCAGGUUAUUCCGGAGUGCAACCAUAUUUUCCACCUGCCAUGCAUUGGGGAUGGUUGGUGAAGAAGCAGAUAUGUCCGGUUCGUCGUCGCUUGCUAUUACC